AUGAGCACUGAAAAGGCGAGUGUUUUUCCUGGAAAUUUGGAGGUUAACAGUGUAGAUGCCGGGAAAGCGAAGCACACUCAAGAAACAGCACCAGUUUUUCGUAACCGGACAAUUUGCUGUGUUCCGGGUUGCAAGCAGCGAUACAAGCCGGGAAUAUCUUUUCAUGCUUUUCCCCCGAAAAGUGAUGAAAAGCGAUAUCGCGUUUGGACGAAGAACCUCAGUUUGAAGUAUGAACCGACUAAGACGACUCGUGUUUGCAGUCUUCAUUUCAGCAUUAAAAACUUUAUUUCGCCAACCGUUAAUCGACAAACCGACCGCCUGAUACUGAAACCAUCUGCUGUUCCAGAUUCGAGUUUACCCCACGUAUCAGCUUCCAAGGAAGCAAGCAUAAAGCGUCGCGCCGAGAGGGCUGAAAAUCGAUCGCUCCAAAAGGAUUGUCACAAGAAGGAUUUCGAAAAUAUUGAGACGUUCCAGUAUUCCGUGCCCACUUUUAUGGAUGCCGGGAUUCAGGUUGAUACAACCGACAUCGAGAAACGUCAAAUGAAACGGUCAUGUGCCAUCUCUUUUGAUGAGGAUGAAGAUGAACUGGUUGCUUGGACAGGAUUGCAAUCGAAGUCCAUGUUGCAUUUCAUCGGCACUGUUAUAAGUACAUUGAAGGACUUUAAACGAAAAAGAAUUCUACAUUGA